UACUCAAAUCCACUGUUAAAAGUGUAUGAGUGUAUGACGCACAAAUUAAAGUUGAGGGAAGGAAAUUCCAUACCAACUCUCAAUAAAGUUGUGAAAGGUAGCUGAUUGAAUGCUUACACAGCAAAGGGAAAUAAACUUAACUUUGGUGUAGGUGCAGAUAUUGUAUUUUGUUAUAUUUAAGGCAGUUUCUUCAAAAAGGGGAAAAAAACAACAUACACUUUGGAAAUGGCAGACGAAGAGGUAAACGACCACACUUUAUUCAACUACAACACCAGGAAGACGAUUGCAAGCGGUUUAUUUGACGUUGCAUUGGUCAUAGCCAACGCCACUCAGCUUAAAGCCCUGGUCAAGGCUGGCCCGGGUUACAAUUUUUACUAUCCCAACAUUGUCCUUAUCUGCCUGUCAGUUCUUCUUCAGUUCAUCGUUGCGGGGUUUCUCGUGAAGUUGGCCAGCAUGGAGGCAGAAAAGCCACCGGAAGAAAGAGAGCUGCUUGUUCGACGGAACAAAGGGAAGAUGCGUCUCAACAACGCAACUGUGCUGCUCAUAGUUGGCAUUGUUUUUAUAAACGUGUUCAUCGGCUCAUUUGGCAUUGAAAUGACUGAAGAGAAAGUAUAGCGCCUUAUGACGUCAUGGCUAUUGUGGAACAUUUUAGUUUAACGCUAUAGCGCUUAAUGACGUCAUGGCUUUUGUGGUAUAUUUCAGUGUAACGCUAUAGCGCUUAAUGACGUCAUGGCUAUUGUUGAAUAUUUGUAACGCUUUCAUGAAAACUUUAUGACCCUUUAAGCGAACCGCUUUACGGACAUUUCGUGACUAAUUUUGACUUUAUAUGUUAUGUGACUAGUUAUUAAAGUCCACUUUAAUAAUGUUAAA